CCAAUGAGCAGAGAAGUCGGGAGGGCCCGCGGCCAAUAAGCGGUGGGCGCCCGGUGCAGGGGGCGGGCUCCGGGGCCGAGGGUAGCUUGAGCGCGGCGGCGGCGUUGUUCAGUCAGAGCGAGAACAUUCCAGAGGUCGCCAGGCUCGGCGCUGCUGGUGUGGACGCGGACGUCGCUGGGACAGUCCCUCCCGCUGCUCGGCGGCGGCACCUGCCCAGCCGCCCCUCCGCUCGCCGCCGGCCCCGCCGCUCCGGACCCGGUUUCCAGCGCCUCUUCCUCCCAGUCCCGGGCGAGCCGCGUUGGGUUUAUGUCUUUAUUUGACGAAAACGAGCUGUUGCGCAGCCAUUGGUACCUGUAUUGGGGAAACAUAGCAUACAAGCAAGAAGCUUACAGCCUCUGUGGCGAAAAUUUUUUCAUGUCAGAGACCGAGAACUCUUGCAGUCGUUUAUGUCAUCCCUUCUUCUCCAGACAGAAGAUACCAAAAAGUUGCAAUCAAAGAUCUCUUCAUCUUAUUGAUAAAGUCACUAAUAAGCCAAAAUGUCUGUCAACGUCAACCGCAGCGUGUCAGACCAGUUCUAUCGCUACAAGAUGCCCCGUUUGAUUGCUAAGGUUGAGGGCAAAGGAAAUGGAAUCAAGACAGUUAUAGUCAACAUGGUUGACGUUGCAAAGGCGCUUAAUCGGCCUCCAACGUAUCCCACCAAAUAUUUUGGUUGUGAGCUGGGAGCACAGACCCAGUUUGAUGUUAAGAAUGACCGUUACAUUGUCAAUGGAUCUCAUGAGGCGAAUAAGCUGCAAGACAUGUUGGAUGGAUUCAUUAAAAAAUUUGUUCUCUGUCCUGAGUGUGAGAAUCCUGAAACAGAUCUGCAUGUCAAUCCAAAGAAGCAAACAAUAGGUAAUUCCUGUAAAGCCUGUGGGUACCGAGGCAUGCUUGACACACAUCAUAAACUCUGUACAUUCAUUCUCAAAAACCCACCUGAGAAUAGUGACAUUGGUACAGGAAAGAAAGAAAAGGAAAAGAAAAAUAGAAAGGGCAAGGACAAGGAAAAUGGCUCUGUAUCCACCAGUGAGACACCACCACCUCCACCACCAAAUGAAAUUAGUCCUCCACAUGCUGUGGAAGAAGAGGAAGAUGAUGAUUGGGGGGAGGAUACAACUGAGGAAGCUCAAAGGCGAAGAAUGGAUGAAAUCAGUGACCAUGCAAAAGGUCUGACACUUAGUGAUGAUUUGGAAAGAACUGUAGAAGAGNGUGUUAACAUCCUGUUUGAUUUUGUUAAGAAAAAGAAAGAAGAGGGCAUUAUUGAUUCAUCUGAUAAAGAAAUUGUGGCUGAGGCAGAAAGGCUGGAUGUAAAAGCCAUGGGGCCGCUUGUUUUGACAGAGGUUCUCUUUGAUGAGAAGAUAAGAGAGCAAAUCAAGAAAUACAGGCGCCAUUUUCUAAGAUUUUGUCAUAACAACAAAAAGGCUCAGCGGUACCUUCUUCAUGGUUUGGAAUGUGUGGUAGCAAUGCAUCAAGCUCAGCUGAUCUCCAAGAUUCCACAUAUCUUGAAGGAGAUGUAUGAUGCAGACCUUUUAGAAGAGGAGGUCAUUAUCAGCUGGUCAGAAAAGGCCUCUAAGAAAUAUGUCUCAAAAGAACUUGCCAAAGAGAUUCGUGUCAAAGCAGAGCCAUUUAUUAAAUGGUUGAAGGAAGCAGAGGAAGAAUCUUCUGGUGGUGAGGAAGAAGACGAAGACGAAAAUAUUGAGGUGGUAUAUUCGAAAACUGCCAGUGUACCAAAAGUUGAAACUGUGAAGUCUGACAACAAGGAUGAUGACAUUGAUAUUGACGCCAUUUAAAAGGAUGAAUGCAACUUAGCUUAACAGUGUAAUGCUGCAAAUUUUUCUCCAUUAUCAGCCAGAAGUGCAACAUGUAUGUGCAAGAGCUAAAGUGGCUUAACAUCAUGCUACACUUGAUACUAAAAAGCUAUUACUGUGAGUGGUCUAUAAUUAAGCCCAAUGAGACAACUAGGGAGUCCAUACAUAUCAGUGAGCAGUUGUAUGUAGUUUGCUUAUUUAUAGCAUGUUUCUUUCGGAAAAACCUAGUGGUGGACACAUUUGGAUCACAUUUAUACAGUUAUAAAAAAUAAAGAUUUGAUUUUGGUCAUUCUUCAGA